CAAUUCCCACAAUGGCUCAAAAAACGGUGCUCAUCACAGGUUGUUCCUCAGGAAUCGGGAUGGCUUUGGCUGUAAAAAUGGCCACAGAUGAACAAAAAAGAUUCAAAGUCUAUGCUACAAUGCGGAAUUUGGACAAAAAGGACAACCUUGUAGAAGCUGCAGGCAGAACUAUUGGGAACACCUUGGAAAUUAAACAACUGGAUGUUUGCAAUGAAGAAUCCAUUAAAAUGUGUAUCAGUAGCAUCCCGGAUAGGAGGAUUGAUAUCCUAGUUAACAAUGCUGGUGUGGGGCUCAUUGGGCCAAUUGAGUGCCAAACCAUCAAUGAGAUGCAAAAUGUGAUGGAUACAAACUUCUUUGGAUUGGUCCGGCUGCUAAAGGAAGUUUUACCUGACAUGAAGAAAAGAAAGAGUGGUCAUAUCGUUAUUAUUAGCAGUGUCAUGGGGAUACAAGGCAUUUUGUUCAACGAUGUUUACGCUGCAUCUAAAUUUGCAGUGGAAGGGUUCUGUGAAAGUUUAGCCAUACAAGCACUCAAGUUUAAACUUCAUCUUACGUUAGUAGAGCCAGGCCCAGUGGUUACAGAGUUUGAAAGGAAGGUUUUUGAAGACGGAAUGAAAAUGGAUCUUUCGGCCGCAGAUAAGGAAACAGCUGAUAUGUUUGUGAAUAUUUACCUGAAAAAUUACAAGCAAAUUUUUCAGACUCUGGGACAAACAGCUGAGGACAUAGCAGAGCAUACAAUAAAGAUAAUUCUGGCAGAAAAUCCACCUUUUCGUCACCAGACCAACGCCUUAUACACUCCAAUUACAACACUGAAAUAUGCUGACCCCAAUGGAGACCUGCCGAUUGAUACCUUCUACAAAAUGGUUUUUCAGCAUGAUAAGAUUUUCAGUGCAAGUCUUAACUUCAUUAAAUUGCUGAGAUGGAAAAGCAGGAAAAGCUUUGACGUAGGAGAAAGAGCUUCAGAGUGAAGAAACACUGCAUUAUUUCACAUGCUGUAGGUUUCCUAUACAGAAAUUCUCUAUGUAAAUUGGGUCCCCCCCCAAAUCAUUUAAAGUCGCCCAGAAUGAAUCUUUUCUUCAACAUGCAGUAUUUAAAUAACAGAGAUAGGAAAGAUAUAGCCCUCCAGAUGAAACUAAUUGCAACACCCAUCAGUCCUAGCAGCAUAGCCUACUCCUGUUCAAGUAAUUCCACAUCACCACCAAAAAAUGAGUUUCUGACUCGUCCAACGUUUAAAAACAAACACAAGAGACAAAACUAGGAGGUUAUUUUUUAACUAGGAAGGCUUGUACACGCUAGCUAGCAAAAUGGUGUCCCUUAUAAAAAAAUGGAAAAUCAAGGUUUGAUAUUUAAAAUUUAUACUUUUUUUGAACAUUUUCAAACCAUGGAUGCUUGAAUCCAUGUAUAAAAAAAUCAGUGUAUAAGGAGGGCCAACUGUAUUACCAUUUUCUCUUUUGCUGCUAGAAAUUGGCUCCUCCUUCUUAUCUGUGGAGCCUGAAUAAACUAUCUUCCCAUAAUUUAAGACAGGUAACUAUUUGCAUUGUUAAGUUAUGGGGGGGAGGGGGAAUUUGUCCAGUAACAUCACUAUUUUUAAUAGUUAUAUUUAUGAACAUUGCUUCUGUAAAACAUUUGUAUACUUUAUCUGCUGUGAUGUUUUAAAGUGUUGUGCAUGUUAGUAAGGAAUGUAAUAAAACAGACAAUGCCAGCAUAAGACA